UCGGUUAGCUAAGCAUUUAGACUUUUCGAAUGCACUCCAUUCUUUCCUAAUUGUGUUCAUGAUAAAACGUUAUUUGGACAUAUAGACGCCAUGUCGACGGUAUAAAUGUUAUAUUGGUGUUUUUAUUUACCUUAUAGCCACAAAUAACGUUGGCGAGACAAUUAGCAGUACAGCGUAGUACAGAGACUGGUUGACGUAGUGGAACGCGGCCCAAUGGCGCCAAUGUUUGAAUGCUUUCAGAUCGUCGUCCUCCCUGUUCUGUGUUGUUUAAGUAGUCGCGUUAUCUCUUAACUUUUGAGUCGUUGGUAAAUCUGUAUACGCUCGUGUGGUGAAGUUAUGGGUGUUCACGAUUUGUGGUCGAUCGUGGAGGCGGUUCAUGAGUCGGUGCCACUGUAUAGUUUGAGUGGAAAGACGCUGGCUGUUGAUCUGAGUUUGUGGGUGUGCGAGGCUCAGCAUGUUCAAGCCAUGAUGGGGAGAGUUACCAAGCCUCAUCUGAGGAAUUUAUUCUUCAGGGUUUCCUCCCUCACAUUAAUGGGGGUGAAGCUCGUCUUUGUCAUGGAAGGAGAAGCCCCCAAACUGAAAGCAGAAACCAUGAGCAAGAGGACAGAGAUGAGAUUUGGUGGAUUCAAAAAGACCUCUGCUCCUAAGACUACAACAAACACCAGUAGAGGGCGCUUCAAAGCUGUACUCAGAGAGUGUGCAGAGAUGUUGGACUACCUGGGUGUGCCCUGGGUGACGGCAGCCGGGGAGGCUGAGGCCAUGUGUGCUUACCUGGAUUCACAGGGCCUGGUGGAUGGCUGCAUCACCAAUGAUGGUGACGCAUUUCUAUAUGGCGCUCGAACUGUGUACAGAAACUUCAACAUGAACAGUAAAGACCCUCAGGUGGACUGUUAUCGGACAUCACGUGUGCAAGCGGAGUUACAACUGUCCAGAGAAAACCUGGUUGGUCUGGCUGUCCUCCUUGGCUGUGAUUAUAUUCCUAAGGGCAUACCAGGUGUUGGUAAAGAGCAAGCUCUCAAACUUAUCCAGACCCUGAAAGGACAGACUCUUUUGCAGCGGUUCAUCCAGUGGAAGGAGACUAAUGCAGGUGUGUCUGAGGCAGUUGUAAAAAAGGUUCCUCACUGCCACGUUUGUCGACAUCCCGGAUCAGCUAAGGCACAUGAGCGCAGCGGCUGUGUGCUCUGCGACAGUAAGCGGUUCUGUCAACCUCAGGAUUUUGAUUACCAGUGUCCUUGUGACUGGCAUCACUACGAACAGACCCGCCAGGCUUCGUCUUUAGAGACAAAUAUCAGGAAGAAAACACUGGCAAGUCAACAGUUCCCGUUCACAGAGAUCAUUAGUGAGUUUCUGAUUUCCAAAGAUAAGCCUGUGUCACAUUUCAAGAGGAGGCAGCCAAAUAUGCUGCUUAUUCAGAAAUUUGCCUAUGACAAGAUGGAGUGGCCGAAGCACUACACCAGUGAAAAGGUUUUAGUCCUGAUGACCUACACGGAGCUGAUGAACAGGAAAUUUGGAAGAGAAAUGUCCUCCCAGAUUCAGCCAAUUAGCAUAUUGAAACCAAGAGUGAGGAAUGCUGUCGCUUGCUUUGAAGUCAUCUGGAGCACACCAGAACAUUAUGUGUUUCCUGAGGAUCGAGCAGCAGAGGCUCAGCAUGAGGUGCGGACAGUAGAGGAAGAGUCUCUUUUCCGUGUAGCCUUCCCAGAGCUGGUGGAGAGCUACCUGAGAGACAAAGCUCUGGCUGAAGAAAACAAGACCAAAAAAAAGAAAGCAAAGUGUAAAAAGGAGAAGCCAUCUGAUGUACCUGAUGACAUUACAAACCUCUUGGCUCAGAUGAGCCUUCAGAGUUCUUCAACGAAUGCAACAACUCAGCCACAAAUGCCGCUCCCAGCCAUUUCAAACACAGUGAAAAUGGCAGAAGUGGUGGUUUUGGACACUCCCGUGAACCACAGACACUUUAGGAAAUCGAGAGAAGAACCGAACAGUCCGGGUGACUGCCCCAACACUCCUCUGUCUCGUGCGGACUCGGAGGCUGUGGCUUCACCGUCUGUCUCUGCUGUUAUUGAUGCUCUACACCUGAGUGACAUUGACUGGGAUGCCUUGUCCUUCACGUCCUCUCCUCCUCCUCAAGUGGCUAAAAACCACACCACUGAGCCCAGGCCAAAUGUGUUCAUAGACGAAGAUUUUAAGGGAACAGAGAACAAAAACACCAAACAGGAAACCUCAAGUCACGUCAAACAAGCAGACUCCAGAUCUGCCACAGACCUGUGUUACACAGAGUGUCCCCUCAGAGACAGGGUGAUCAUUAGGAAUGCAGCCAAAACUUUAAAAACGGAGGGGGUACAUAAUGCUGUAGACCUGAAACUAAAUUAUGAGUUAGCUUCUCUUGAAGAGAAGUCUAACUCAAAAUCACAUGUACUAAGUUCCAGUGGCGGUGGGGGUGACAUUAAAGUGGCAGGAAAGAAAUGUGACGUCAACAAAAAAGAACCUCUGAGUAAUAAAAGCCAGUGUGUACAGAAUAAGGCAGACGGACAACUUCACUCUCUCAGUCUUGCAGCACCAGAUCAACGCAAGGUUGAGGACAAAUGUAAUCGCACUCAAAAGCCUCCUCAGAAAUACAAAUUUGUCAGAACAGCCACGUCAUCAUCAUCAUCAUCAUCAUCAUCGUCAUCUGCCCCAAUUCAGAGGUGCCAUUCUGACCCUCAUCGAAGUGAUGAAGACGGAAAAGUGCCACAGGCCACCAAGAAGAGUGUGUGUCUGAGUGUGGGUUCGUCUAGUGAGGACAGUGACACGGAGAACCUGCAGUGUGGACCUCGGAGGAAGGCUACAAUAAACAAGAUCACUACAGACGUCCGCUUGAAACCAGUUUUCAGGUCGAAAACAACCAAACAAACUACAGACGUCCGCUUGAAACCAGUUUUCAGGUCGAAAACAACCAAACAAACAGUGAAACCAUCGGACUGUCAUCAGAUAUUAGGUCCAGCAUCUCAGAGACACAGUAAAAAUGUUGAGAUAAACGCACCUGUAUCGACUAAAAGCAAAAGCCAGGAUGUUGCACCACAUCUUGCGGAUGAAAGCGCUAUCUCUCCAGCGCCAGCUUCACCUGUCGCUGCGUUUGAUAGUGAUGAUUCUGUGAUUUGUAGUGAGAGUCCACUGCCACUGGCAGAGAGACUGAGACUGAAAUUCCUGAAGUGAGCACCAUUGCCACAUGAUGAUAGAAAAGAUGUUUUAAGUGGAAUGUGAAUGUCUGUCUGUUUUUAAAAAAUGUUUUAUCUCAGGGACGAUAUAUAAGCUUUUCAUAGGAGAGCUAGAACAUAUAACCACUUAAGUCAUUGAAAAGGAAAUAAUUAAAUGCUGUGUAAAGUGAUUAUACACUUAAUCUAUAUAGUGUAUUCAAUUUCAGCCAAUAGAUCAUUUUAAAUGUUACACACUGGACUUUUUAAUUAUUUAAUUUAUAAUCUCCUAAUUAAUAUGAAGAAUCGGAUACAUGUGGUUUUAUAAUGGUGUACCAUUAGAUUAUUGUUGGACAUGUUUUGAGAUUGAAAACCUGGACCUGGAUUCAUGGUCAAUGCAGAAACAAUGACAUUGUUCAAAUAUAAAAGUUCCUUAACAAUGUUUUCUUGCACCAAACUUGGACUUACCACUACAUGUUCCUCUCACCCCGAUUCUAACAGGUGAAAGGUUUACAUAUUAGCACCAUUACUACGUAUUACAUGUCAUUUAAUGGCACCACAUGUGCUUAUUUUUCUCCCACUGUUCUUUGACAGGCAGAUGACACUGAGCCAUUGGUUUUACAACCCUCUAGUGUGGCUCCCCUUGAUCAUGAGUGAGGUCUUACUCACCUUUUCAGACAUGAAAGGUCUGGCAGGAGUUGGUGACAGCUGCCCAAAUAACAACUCUGUCUCAUUGCUGGCUUUUAAAUCUGAAUUUUUCCUGAAAACAAAACUUACUUUAUAGUGCUUUUUUAAUUUACGAGCAGUUUUGUAAGUUUACACUUGAUAUCUGUACAAUUUCUUUAUUAAUGUUUUGUGUUUUUUAUUGAUUUUUUAUUCUGUACAGCACUUUGGUGAAAUGUGUUUAUUUUUUAAAUGUGCUCAGUAAAUAAAUUUGAGUUGAGAGAUAUGAUACUCUUCAAACA